ACACAAAGAAACAACUGCCCUGAACUGCCCGUGGCCCGUGUCAGUGACACACGGGAUCAAGUGUCAAAAUUGUUUCCAAGGGCUGGUCCAUUGUUAAGCAUACCUAUACAAUGCUUUUAUUUUUAUAAUUUAUUAACAAUAAAUUUAAAUUAAGGUGACUAUUAACUAAUAAUACAUCGUCUGUUAUUUUUAUUUAAAUUUAAAUAUUACAAAAUACACAUUAAUCGUGAUGAUAAGUGAUGAUUGCUGCUGCUGCUGCAUUCACGCCGAAACGACUGAAUAUCAAAAUUGUCAUUUGAUUUACUGGAAUCCAGUAAUUAUUGAGGUGUGUUACUCAGCCUUGUUGGAGUCUUGUUUAUAAUCAGCGGCAUUUUAAAUAGAUCUCUUUAUAUUUAAGAACAAAAAAAAAAAUAUUACGUGUGUACAAGUGUUAUUUUACAAUAUGACAUCGAUAGAGAGGUGUAACAAGACAAUAUUAAAAAAAAUAAUAUUUGUUUAAAAAAAAUGAAUCAACAGUGAUUGUUUUGAUGAAUUUAAAUGACUCAAAAGUAAUGCCUGUUCACCAGAUCAAUGUUAAUCCCCCUGAUUGGCAAUCACCCCAAUCCCUUGGUCCUUCAAAUAAUACCAGUCCAUCGGGAGGUGGUGAAUGGUCACCAAGAGAACCAACGUACGCGACAGUUGUCACAGUAAUACCAAAUCAUUGUCAUUCCUCUGUUAGCACAUUAUCCUCGAGUAACCAUGACAUUUGUCGGAUAUGCCAUUGUGAAGGUGAUAUUGGAGCUCCUCUUUUAGCACCGUGUUAUUGCAGUGGCAGUUUACGUUAUGUACAUCAGGCGUGUCUUCAACAGUGGAUCAAAGCAUCUGACACACGUGCAUGUGAAUUAUGCAAAUUUACAUUCAUUAUGCAUGCCAAAACAAAACCAUUUUCAGAGUGGGAGAAACUUGAAAUGUCAGCACCAGAAAUACGAAAAUUAUGGUGUGCUGUUGCAUUUCACGCAGUAGCUGCACUAUGUGUAGCUUGGUCUUUAUAUGUUUUGGUAGAACGAAGCGUUGAAGAAGCGCGUAAAGGAUUUGUCGACUGGCCAUUUUGGACAAAAUUGAUAGUCGUUGUUAUAGGCUCUACUGGUGGUCUUGUAUUUAUGUAUAUUCAGUGUAAAGCUUACAUUGAAUUAUGCAGAAGAUGGCGAGCGUUUAACAGAGUAAUAUUUAUUCAGAAUGCUCCGGAAAAAGUGGUGCUUCCUCCUUCACCAACAGAUUCACUCAGAGAAGUGACGUUACCCUUAAAAGAUCCCACUGCCUCAUUGCCUGAGUUGAAUCGUAGUCUUUUACCAAGAACUUUAGACCCCUCUUGCGCUUCCGAAACAGUUAAACCAGAGGUUGUUGCUACGGCUGCCCAGAGACACGAUGCUCAACUCAAGCUAUACGUAUUUGACAAAUUAUCAUCGUCCGAGGAUAAUAUGUAGUCCAGAUAAAUAUUUGUUUAUUGUAAUCGUCACGUGUAAUCAUCAUAAAACUAUACAUACUAUACAUACAUAAAAAUACACAACAAUGGUGCAUGCAUAUAUAUUAUGUAUAAAAAUAAUGUCUGGACUAUGAUUCAACAAAAAAUAAAAUAAUAAUAAUAAUAUUAAUAAUAAUAAUAAAAUAAAACAAAACAUAUUUUUACGUUGAUUUCAUCAGGAGGUAAGCAAAUAAUAACAACAACAAAAACAACAUAAAAAAAAAAAAAAAACAGUCUGUUGGUGCAUAAAAUAAAUUUAUUUGCUUCCAAGGAUACAACAACUCUAAAGUUUUGUGUCUAGCAUUCUCCAGUCUUUGGAGUAUACUUUUACUCGAUACUUAGUACUUGAGUGAUUAUAUUUCUUUAUAUAUUAUUAUUAUUAUUAUUAAUAAUAAUUAAGAAAGGAGAGAGACUUAGAUAUAAGUUCUAUAAAUGAGCUGUAUUUUCUCUCCACUAAACGAUUGUGUACAUAAUUAUUAUAUCUGUGAUGUUAUUCAAUAAAAUUUACCAUAUUUAAAUGACCCUUUGUAUUUACAAUAUAUAUUUAUAUUAAUUAUUAAAAUUUAAUUAUUAUAAUAUAUCACGUGGUAAUAAAUAUAGAUAUAAACAUGAAAUCUUUGCUGCAGGGAAUUUAUUGCGACAUUAAAUAAAUAAAGAAAGUAUCAUUU